CCUGAGGCCUGUAACGCGGCUGUGACAGCGGAGCCACCGGGCUCAGUUGGCCCUUCCUUCUCCUUCGACAAGGGCAAUCAGUCUCCCGGCCCGGCUUCGCCCAUUCCCUCGAUAGCGGGUCUCACUCUCUCGGUCCUGUCCGUCAGUCCCGCCGGACAGCGGGGCUGAUUCUCUCGGCCCGGUCCGCCUAUCCCGCCGGGCCGAGGGCCCGCUCACAGCCCCGCCAUGGUGAAGAAGCGGAAGGGUCGGAUCGUCAUCGACUCGGACAGUGACGACAGCGGCAGCGAGGAGAACCUAGACCAGGAGCUGCUGUCAUUGGCUAAGAGGAAGCGGAGUGAGCCAGAGCAGCAGGAGCAGCAGGCAAGCAAACCGUCGGCAUCGUCAGAUUCGGAAACCUCGGACAGUGGCGAUGAGUGGACAGUGGGAGGCAGCAAGACCAAAAAGAAGGGAAAAGGCAAGGGUGUGGAGAAGAAACCAGCCACCAAGAGAGCGGUGAACAAGGCGGCAUCAUCUGGCAGCUCAGCUGAAGACAGCUCCGGUGAUAGCUCUGCACCAGAGGAAGGGGAAGUUUCUGAUUCGGAGAGCAGUAGCUCAUCUUCAAGCUCUGAAUCUUCGUCCUCAUCAGAGGAGGAAGAAUUCCACGAUGGCUAUGAUGAUGACUUCAUGGGUGAUGAAGAAGACCGAGCAAGGUUGGAACAAAUGACUGAGAAAGAACGAGAGCAGGAACUCUAUAAUCGGAUAGAGAAAAGAGAGGUGCUAAGGAGGAGAUUUGAAAUUGAAAAGAAGCUGAAGGCAGCAAAGAAGAAAGAAAAGAAAGAGAAGAAGAAGAAAAUGGAGGAAGAGCGAGAGAAGAAGAUGCAGCAGAUUCAAGAGUCUCAGGUGAUGUCGCACAAUAAAGAGCGGCGAUCAAGAAGGGAUGAGAAACAGGACAAGAAGUCUCAGGCAAUGGAGGAGCUGAAAGCUGAACGAGAGAAAAAGAAAAACAAAACAGCUGAACUGUUGGCCAGGAAACAGCCUUUAAAAGCCAGCGAUGUUUACUCUGACGAUGAAGAGGAGGAGGAGGAGGAGCAGUCUAGUGUGAAGAGUGAUCGGUCGUCUAGGUCGUCAUCUUCUGAUGAAGAGGAAGAAAAAGAGGAAGUUCCAGCCAAGUCACUUCCGGUCACUUUGCCAGAGGAACUCAACAAAAUCAGACUUUCACGGUAUAAGCUGGAGCGAUGGUGUCACAUGCCCUUCUUUUCCAAAACAGCAGUUGGUUGCUUUGUCCGCAUUGGCAUUGGAAACAGCAAUGGGAAACCAGUAUACAGGGUCGCAGAGAUCACUGGUGUUGUAGAAACUGGCAAGGUUUACCAACUGGGCAGUUCAAGAACAAACAAAGGCUUGCAGUUACGACAUGGCUCAGAUGAACGGGUGUUUCGUCUUGAGUUUGUGUCAAACCAAGAGUUCACAGAAACAGAGUUCAUGAAAUGGAGAGAGACGAUAAUGAUGGGAGGAAUGCAGUUACCAACCAUGGAUGAAGUCAACAAGAAGGAGCAGCAGAUCAAACAGGCACUGGAGUAUAAAUUCAAUGACCGUGACAUUGAAGAGAUUGUGAAGGAGAAAGACCGAUUCAGGAAAGCACCUUCCAAUUACGCAAUGAAAAAGACUCAGCUUAUGAAAGAAAAGGCAAUGGCAGAAGAAGCGGGUGAGCCAGAUAAAGCACGACAAAUCCAGGAUCAGCUGAAUGAACUAGAAGAACGGGCUGAGGCCCUCGAUAGACUUCGCACCAAAAACAUCUCUGCCAUCAGUUACAUAAACCAGAGGAACAGAGAGUGGAACAUUGUGGAGUCUGAGAAGGCUUUGCUGGCUGAGGUCCAGAGUGAGAGAACCAAACAGAUGGACCCCUUCACCAGACGCCAGUGUCAGCCCACCAUCGUCUCCAAUUCCCGGGAUCCUGCUGUCCAGGCUGCAAUCAUUGCUCAUCUGAAUGCAAAGUAUGGGUCCGGAUCCCAGACAGAGCUGCCACUGGAAUUAAACAAACCGCAAGACCAGGGAAGCAGUAAGAAGGAGGACAGUAAUAAUAAAUCCAAUUCCGACCUCUCUGAGGAUCUUUUCAAAGCACACGACUUCGACAUCAAGAUCGAUCUGCAAGUACCCAACGCAGAAUCCAAGUCGUUGUCGGUGAGUUCAAAGACUCCGUCCGUUAAAGAUGGAACCCCAAGGCGAUCCCUAAACCUGGAGGACUACAAGAAGCGCCGGGGGCUGAUUUGAGCAUGGCCAGACUGCUGCUGCAUUUCUUUGCAUGUGUCUCACUGGCAGUGGAUGAGUGCAGCAAGUGGACAUUGAAAGACUGAGCCCGGCUGCCUGACUCUGUUCAGGCAGAACGGUCAUUGUAUAAAAAAAACCAAACUCCUGGUGAUUUUUAUUUUUUUUUUUCCUUUAGUAAAAGUAAGUUGAGUGCUGCUUUCUGUCAUUCUUUAGUGCUUGGCUGCAAAGUGAUCCCACUCAGUAGGUCUACGGUCUUUUUUUAAUCUUAACGGGGAUUGAGACCAGAGUUUGUCUGAGGGGAUGGUUUGAUUUGUGUAUUUGGCGAGCUCUGUUUGAAGCAGUGUUCUCCCACUAGAACAUCUUGUAUACAGGAAACUUUUUUUUCUACAGCUGUGUUUUGUACAUGUACACAGUAGUUUAAGUGCCUAGCAGAAGAAAACAUCUGGUGGCCAGCUGCAUUUAUGAUCAGCUGGAUGCAGAGCACCACCCCGCCACAUCUGUUCUGGCUGCUAGGUUGUUUAGUGCAUGUGGCCUAUUGGCUACUGUAAAUGAUGGUAAGUAAUUGUUUUCCUCCCAGUUUCAGUGUCUGAUUUCCAUUGCCAAUGAACUGUCAACACCACCACCCCCUCCCCCAACCACCUCCGCACCCCUCGCCCCACUGCUGGCAGUUUUCUUUAGGGAGUCUCCAUACGUUGACUCAUCAGUCUGUAAAUAAGGUGUUGGUCCCACAUCAGCCAAGGGCUCCAGGCAGCAGCCAAUGGGGAAGUUUCUGUCAUUGAGGAGACUGGAUCAAUCAAGCCAUGUGAGCCCUGUGUCCUCAUUCUCAUUUGAAGUGUUGCUACCUUUAUCUCUCCUCAUGAUUUCAGACAGUGAUGCCAUCACUCGGGCUUACUUUGGCUGCGAGCUCUUUUCUGCCUGAUCCCUGUGACAGUAACCCAGUGAGCUGGAGUCCGCUGCUGCUCCCAGGGCUUUGUUAGUACUGUAUCACUUCAGCCCUGUAAAUAUCUCCUUUGUGUAAUUAAGGCACCCCAGGAAUUGAACCCUGCACCACCUAGCUACUUAAAUCAGUUUGGAUUUUUCAUUCACUUCAAGUCCUUAUUUAAAAAAGAAGUAAUACAAGCAGUACCUGGGAAGCAGAAAACUUUAGUAUGUGUGGUUGAUCUGUCAGCAUCUGAAAGAGAAACCCAGGUGAGUGUUUCAGCUGGAAUGAGCAUGGUCAUGCGCUGCCUGAAUUGUUAAUCUUUCCUCCUUCAAUUUAUCUAAUGUGCAUUUCCAUCAGAGUUUUGUGUUUAGUUCUGCAGCGAAUCUCUUGUUCGUGUUUAAACCCCAAGAGACUGGAGCUACAUUGACGUGUGUCUGCCCUGCCUAGCCCAGCAACCCAGACGCUCUUUAAAUCAUUGGCUUGGUUUUGUGUUUUGAAUGUGAGGGUGGGUGGGGUGGUCCACGAUAGGCUGCAGGCAUUCCCAGAUUAAACCAGCAAAAUAUACCCUGUACUGGGCAGUAAUUUCAGUUGAGAGUGGAGCAUGGUCGCUUCAGAUGUCGGCAGGGCAGUUGUAUUGUGAAUGUGCUCCGAGUCAGUUUAACAAACAGGAAGAUAUAUGAAACUGAAAACAAUGUACUCUUGUAGUACUGUAUUCCUGCCACUACAUGGUAGUGUUGUUAAUAAAGUGCUAAUCCACCGUC